UUGACACAAGUCACGUGAAUUAUUUUAGAAUUCCUUUAUAGUCAACGUUGGGGAAAUUUGUUGUUCUAAAAAUACAUUAUAUAUUAUGAGACUAUAAAACUCUUUAUGAAGUUUGGUCAUUAACAUUCAUACGCCUGAUAUUGAUCUAAUAUUUUCAUUUCAUUUGUUGUACAAAUAGGACCUCUUUUGAAAAUAGAGGGUUAAGAACCUUAUUAAGUUUUGAAUUAGUUGAUUAUUUAUUUUGACCAUUUAUUUACAAAUAAAGUUAAUACAGACAGACGGCUAAAUGGGUCACGGGAAAACAGAAGCGAGGUCACGUGACUCAAUAAUGACGAACAUACAAAGAAAUCCAACGAUACCCAUGACAAAGAGGGACUCACUUCUGUCAAAUGGCACGCGGGUCUCGUUGCUAGCGAAUGGCUCUAGUACAACGCCAAAGAAGUUUGAAGAGAAGGACUACGUGAAUACAAAUCCUAAUAUGGUGGCUGGUAAGAAACGCUCGCCGAAACUAAACAAAGUCAAACGAACGUCUUCCUAUAAGAUCGCCACCAACCGUCAAUCAACCGAUGACCUGGACGGAUUAAGUGCAUUAGGAUCUAGUGCUAACACAACAAGAGGUCCACAAGGUGUUCGGACAGUGGAUCGGACAAAGUAUAACACUCUUCCGAGGACAGAAACAGUUGUUCCUCAAAAGAAACCUGUCGAACUUGGGCGCCGUAAGCGGGAGGCAAAAGCACCGCGGAGCGAUUUUGAAAGAACAGCUUCACAGAAAUCCGGCACUUACCCUUCUCCUGAUACAGACGAAGACCAGAGGUCAAUACAACCUGAUCGUAAAAAGAAAAGUACUUUUAAAAGAAUGAAAGAAAGGCUCAUCCUUACUUUCAGAAAGAAUAGGGAUCAUGAAAAACAUAAAGGGAAUGGUAGCAAAUAUAAGGGACCAACUGGUCGUGUUAAACCAAAUCAAUCUUCUAGUCGUGACGCAUUUAAAACUCCUAAUGUUGAUAUAGAAGUUAUAGAAGACAAUAAUAAUGACGACCACAAGUCUGGUGUUACUAAUAGUGGUUUUUCAAAACCUAACAAAGGACCUGGCUUCUUAAAAACUCUGAGGAACAGUUUUAGGAUAAAAGCGGCGCCUUCAAAAUACAAGAAGAACCAGGAAAAAGAAAGUAGCGGUGAACCACAUAGUAGCCCUAGUUUACCUAGUUCUUUAGAAAGAGAUCAAACCGUGCCAACGGCUACGCAUGUGCAAACGAUUGAAGAAGAUUUCAUGGAAGCUGAUGACUCUAUUACCGAACUUUUUGGAAGUUUGAUUGACCCCGAGGGUCGCACUUCUGAUAAUGCCACGUCAAAUUUCCAGAAGGGACCUAGACCGGACACGUCCAAGUUUAGAUUGGAAGGUUUGAAAAAGUUUAAACCAAGAAGUUUUGACAGAAAUUCACCUUCCACAGAUGGUCAUCAUGCACGUGGCGCACACGGAAGUGAUUUGUCUCCAACUGUAGAAAUCGACGGACUUGAUUACGCCGAUGCGCCACCUUGUGUCCGAUGUGUUGAAGAGAGUGAGGUAGAGUUUGCUGAGAUCUCCGAGCACGAGCAGCAACGUCGCGUGGAUGAUGUUGCUAAGCGACUUGCUGCCAUUGGUGAUAGUAUCGCCGGCAGGAUCGAGUCCGAGAGUGCCGGUUCAUCAGAGGAAGUUGAAGGCUUCAGAGUUGGUAAUCAACCUAGAAGACGUUCAGAACUGGAAGAAGAGCUAUUAAGGGAGCUCAGGCGUUUUGGUGACCAAAUUGAUGGCACUUUAAUGGCUCGAAGUCAAAACAGAGUUCAGUUUUCAUCAGUAGUACUGCCUAUCAUCUGUAAAAUCAUCCGGUCCCAAGAUUACAGCACGUUUAGAGAAGUUGUUCAACGUGAGAUCUCAAAUACUGUAGGCUGGGAACAGGUAGCCUGGUACACUUACCUAAUGAAAGCAACAAUGGAUAUCGCCGGUGCUGGCAAGACAGCGGGCAGAAUUAUGAAGACUCAUGCCACACGUUACUUCUCUUCUACUUUAAAACCCUGGAUACAGCGACAACCAAAUGGAUGGGAAUCUUUACACGAGGAGACAGAUACCGAAUGUGAAGUGGACUGAUGCUAAAUAAUAUCUAUACUGGACAAUGUAUUGCAAUGCAUGCGACAUAUGCAGUUGAUCGACAUACGCAGUUAAUCGACAUACGCAAUAGAUUGACAUACGCAUGGAAUCGACAUACGCAAUGGAUCGGUAUGUACAUUGAUCGACACUCACAGUGGAUAGAGAUUACACAGCGGAUGUGAAGUUGCAAAAACAAUUUAUGUACACAAUGGCCGUCACUGUACUGUCGUACUGAAAUGACAUAAACGCGAAACGUUCGGCAUAUUGUAAGGCUAAAGACCCAGACUUUUAUGAAAUAUGUCAGAUGGAAAUGGGCAAACCUGUUGCUCACUGUCGCAAGCGGUCCUUUGUACAGUAUUGGUGCAACAUAUCUUACUUACAUUCAAAAUUCCCGAAGUGGAGCAUUCAUAUUGUGUGUUGAAGCACAUUAAAUCUUCAUAUGUAUUCUUUUGCUCAGAACUUGUUAUAUUAAAGAACAGAGACUAUUAAUUGGACUGUGUCUGUAAUUUUGUCAGUGAUUUGCGUUUAGCUCAAACCUUUUUACAUUGAAAUGGUUUAUUUUAUGCAAGAAUGCAUACUUUGUUGUAUAAAAAAUACAUAUCUAUAGUAAAAUUUCUAACUACGUUAAGCUUUUUUUGUAAUUUUCGACUUUUUAAGAAAAGCUCAUAUUAAGUAGUAAAUGAAAGUUUUAGGUCGGUUUUUGUGAUAGUACACAUAUGGUUGUAGAUAUUUUGAUAUACAUAUAUCGUCCACUAAUGAUCUCAGUAUUGUAAAAUAGUAUGAAUGAGUAGGAGAGGUAUUUGUAAUUAACCACAAAUGGGAGCAAUGGUUUUAUGUGAUAUUUGUCUUCAAUGAAUAUUAAACGUUAUAUUAUGUUGUUUUAAGAUCUCGCUUGUUUUUCUAAGCUUUAAAUUGAACACAUUUUUGAAGGAUGACAUGAAUAUGAUAAGUGGAAAUGUACAAUUGAUACACCUUUGUUAAUAUGUUUAAGAUACCAAUAGCUUGAUCUAUCUGUACUUCAAUAUCACGACGUUUUGUUAAAUAAACUUUUGGGAAACAGUUUUUUUUAAAUUCCAUACACACAUUUUAAAAUAUUGUGCACAAAUACUUGAAUAUUCUUAAUCAAAGUAAUCGUGAUAUAGACAUCUUGCAUAAUGUUUUUUUCUAUUGUGAUAAUUUAUUAUAUUUAUUGUUUUAAUAUUUUGUUAUCACAUAUAAUGUAAUAAAGUUUAUAAACUGA